GGCCGAGAAAGGUCGGCGCUUCGCCUAUGCCAGAGCGAUGGAACUCGAUCGCGAACAACGGGGAGUCAUGCAGUUCAUGACUACGUUCUACCAUUACCUGAAUCGAGACUCUGCGAUGCAGGAUGAACAAGGACAGGAACUGGGAAGAUACAGCCUUGAGGACAACGCAGUUUUCAUGGAGGAGGAAUAUAGGGCCUUUUACAGGCUAGUGGUGGACGUCAGGAUGGGCGGCAGUCAGGAAAGGGCCCAUGUGUAUCAUCUAGCCACGGUGCUGUACAAGACGAUGAAUUACUUGGAGAAAGAGGCCCACAUGGAAGUUCCUACGGAGGAUGCAGAGCGUAACUUGGAGGUUGAAGCCAAGGCAGCACUCAUUGUACCGUACAACAUCCUUCCGUUAGAAACGCCAGAAGACUCAAAUGCGCCGAUCAUGCAGCUUCCACAGGUGCGGUCAGCUGUCGGGCAAAUACGAAACACAACCAACCUCCCAUAUCCCCGUGAGGCGGCGAUUGAAUGUCAACCUAGACCGAACUGGGACAUUAUGGAUUGGCUGGGCUUCAUGUUCGGAUUUCAGAAAGAUAACGUGAGGAAUCAGCGAGAGCACGUGGUAAUGUUGUUGGCCAGCAUGACUUCAAGGGUUGCUGCUGAGGUCUCGGCGGCUCCUGGGAAUAUAGGACCAGAAGUGGAAGCUAGAGCAGUGAAGGCAUUGGUGAACAAGACGGUAGAGAACUACGUUCAGUGGUGCACUUUUUUCAAGAUGAGCCCCAAUCUCUUUCCUCCAGAGGGGCGAGAUCAUGCGCAGUUUGACAUGAUCUGUGUUUGCUUGUACUUCCUAAUGUGGGGUGAGGCUGCAAAUGUGCGGUUGCUUGGAGAAUGCCUUUGCUACAUUUAUUUUCAUUUGUUGAAAGAUGUCCAAGUGCUCUUAAGUCCUUCUGCAGGGAGCAUGCCGUGGGCCACUCUGAAGACCAAGUCUGGGUAUGCAGGGCAAGGAGGACAAAGAAAUGGUGGGCCGUAUGCUUUCCUUGAGGAGGUCAUUCAACCAAUCCAUGCAGUUGCAUGGCAGGAAGCUGAAAACAGCCAGAAGGGAAAAGCCCCAUACAGAACUUGGAGGACAUAUGACGACCUGAACGAGUUCUUUUGGACAAGCAGAUGCUUGGAACUGGGAUGGCCUUGGAGACUUGAACAUGGGUUUUUCGCGAAGCCAAUACCAAACAAACCCAGGACAGAUACAAUCGAUUGUUUCCCACGAUUUAAAGGAAAGAGGAAAUCUGACGACCAUAAACCGCUUUUACCCACUGGUGAGAACUCAGGGGGGGGGGAAGCAAAACCAGUCAGACAGGGUGAUCGCUGUGGAAAGACACUCUUUGUUGAGCAUCGGACGCUAUGGCAUGUAUUCCGAAGUUUCUCACGAAUGUGGCUAUUCUUAGCAGUUGCACUUCAGGCAAUGAUCAUCAUUGAAUGGGAAGGAAGUAUAACAUCCGAAAAGACAUGGAGCAAAAUGUUGAGCAUUAUGUGCACGAUUUCCGGUGCCCAGUUUCUCCAAGUCUUGGUGGACACGUUCAUGCUCAUUGGCGCUUACGGAAGUCUGAAAGUAUCUCAUGUGGUUCGGUUGUUCUGCAAGUUCUUUGUCAAUCUGGCCUGGUUCUUGGCGCUGACAGGAGCGUAUUACCUCCGUAUGAAUCCAGGGAACUCGCCUUCAGGAUUGCAAAGGGUGCUGAUCAUCCUGCUAACCGUUGUGUAUUUGGGAUUGACUGCUGUGGGAGCUACGCUGUUUCGGAUUCCGCUGUUCCGCAACUUCAUUGACCGUGAGGGAUGCACACGGUUCUUUCUCAUUAGAAUAUUCAAAUGGUGGUAUCAGGCUCGUCUUUAUGUUGGUCGAGGCAUGUAUGAGACUACGUUUGCAUAUAUCAAGUAUUCCCUUUUCUGGAUCGUCCUGCUGAUUCUGAAGAUCGGUGUGAGUUACCAAUAUCAGGUCAAACCAUUGAUUUCCCCCACCAAAACGAUAAUCUCUUUGGACUUCGAUGAAGCGAAAUGCGCAAUAGUCUACAAAUGGAAGGACGUCAUUUCAUGUAGGCGCGAUCAUGUGGGAACAUUGCUUGCUCUCUGGGCACCUGUUGUUAUGGUAUAUUUAAUGGACACUAUGCUGUGGUAUUCAGCAAUGGAAUCUAUAGUUGGUAUUGUUGGGGGAGCAAAGCAACGGCUUGGAGAGGUAAAAUUUCCAUUCACUACCCAUACCCUUUCAUUAUUGAAAAGCUAAGCUGACUAUGAGUGGUGUCUAGAAUGAGCUUCCAUCAAGUUCCAUGCUGAUUUAGCAACUGUUUCUUCUGUCCCCUAUAAACAAUAAAAAUUCUAUCGGUCUGAUUCCUCGACGCUGUCUUGUCAUACAAGAUAACCGAUUGCGCCUUUUGAGAAGGGUUAAGUGUCAGGAUGGCCAAGUCUAGCAUCGUCAGCCGAACAAAACGCCUGGUCAUUA